AUGUUUGGCAAACUUCCAUCUGUCACAACACUGCUGGCUCUCAGCCUGGGUGCUCAGGCAAGCCUAAUCUUCCAGAACUCCGGCACACUUUCCGGCUGGGAUGGAAAGAACCAAGAGCACCGCGGCACCGUUAAGGAAGUGACAGACGAGGUGUAUGAGGGUAAAACCGCCCUUAAAAUGACCCAAAUCUACGACAAAUCCUACUCCGGCCGAUACCACUCUGAAGUUCGGAAGCACGAUGUGUACAAGCGUGGCGAUACGGGUGCAUACGGUUUUUCAUUCCGACUGCAAGACGACUGGCAAUUCGAGCCCGUGCAAUCCUACAGCAUCGCGCAAUUCAUCGCCGACUUCACAGACAGCGGUUGUGAGGACUGGAUGCCGACAACCAUGAUCUCGCUCAAGGGCGACAAACUAUACUCGCGUGUCAAGGAGGGGACAGUCUGCAAGCAGAAGGUUCAUGGUUUUAAUGACCUAGCCACUGUGACUGCGGGUGAGUGGCACCGGAUUGAGGUUGAGGCGAAGUGGGAAUCGGAUGGGACUGGAUAUUAUGUAUUCUGGUAUGAUGGGGAGAAGGUGUUGGAUGAGCAGAACAUCAGUACUACCAUUGAUGAUGAUCGUGCUUACGAGUUCCGGGUCGGUCUUUAUGCAAAUGGCUGGCAUGAUGAUAAGGAGAUGAAGGGUUCCCAGGGGACUAGGUCGAUUUGGUAUGAUUCGAUUGCUGCUGGAACUGAGCUUUCUGAUAUUUCGGCUGAAGCUGAGAUCGGUGCUGGCGAGUGCUGA